AAAGUCUAACAUAAUAGGAAGAAAAAAAAUCAAAAUUAUUACUCUCUUCAAAGUGUUAUCAGACCUGCACAAAAACCAAACUACUUCAGUUAUUCUCUGUCAUGUUCUUUCUAUAUAAUAUGAGUGGCAAUUCCUUAGGUUCAAAGAAUCCGUUUUAGAAGCCAAGAAAAGAAACAACAAACACCCAGAGCAGCUCAAUCCAUUCAUCACUGAUAAAGAUAGAUAGAGAGAUAAAGGGCAGACGAACUACUUUGAUGGAUCGUCUCAGAGAGAUUGAAACUGAUGGGAAUUCAAAUCCAAUUCAAAUAUCUCGUUUGGCCCUCGAUAUUGGAGGGUCUUUAAUCAAAUUGGUAUAUUUCUCGAGAGAUUCUGGUGAUCAUGAGGACCCAUUGAAUGAUAGUGUUCGGAUUUCCAAUGGUGUUAAUGGAAGGCUUCAUUUUGCCAAGUUUGAGACGACCAAUAUCAAUGAUUGCUUGCAGUUUAUUAGUGCCAACAAACUUUUCUUUGGUGGUUUCCAGCAUCAAGAAAACCCUACCAAUGACAGGAGCUUUAUUAAGGCCACAGGUGGUGGGGCAUACAAGUUCUCUGAUCUUUUCAAAGAAAAGCUUGGCAUUAGUCUCGAAAAGGAAGAUGAAAUGGAUUGUCUUGUGACGGGAGCAAAUUUUUUGCUUAAGGCAGUCAAUCAUGAAGCUUUUACAUACUUGAAUGGUCAGAAGGAAUUUGUGCAGAUUGACCAUAAUGAUUUGUAUCCAUAUCUACUCGUUAAUAUUGGAUCUGGAGUUAGCAUGAUCAAGGUGGAUGGAGAUGGAAAGUUUGAGCGAGUCAGUGGAACAAGUGUUGGUGGUGGCACUUUUUGGGGUUUGGGAAAGUUACUAACAAAAUGCCAGAGUUUUGAUGAGUUGCUGGAGUUAAGUCAACGGGGAAAUAACAGAGUUCUAGACAUGCUUGUUGGGGAUAUCUAUGGUGGGAUGGAAUAUUCAAAGAUUGGUCUCUCAUCUACAGCCAUUGCUUCCAGCUUUGGGAGGGCAAUUUCUAACAGUAAUGAACUUCAUGAUUAUAAACCUGAAGAUGUCUCACGGUCUCUUCUAAGAAUGAUUUCAAAUAAUAUUGGACAGAUCUCUUACUUGAAUGCACUUCGAUUUGGGCUCAAGCGCAUAUUUUUUGGAGGAUUUUUCACCCGGGGUCAUUCUUAUACUAUGGACACCAUUUCCGUUGCAGUUCAUUUCUGGUCUAAAGGUGAGGCAAAAGCAAUGUUUUUGCGGCAUGAAGGAUUUCUUGGAGCUCUAGGUGCAUUCAUGAGCUAUGAACGGCACAGCCUCGGUGACUUGAUGGUUAAUCAAUCAGUGCAGAUCCCAGUGGAUGCAUCCUCUAGUACAGAUACAAAUUAUAAUCCACUAGAGCGGGAUUUGAAUGAGACUGAGAGCAUGCAGUGUAGUGUCUAUCAAGCUUAGAAUUAGCUGAAACUUCCCUUCUUUGUACUUUGGUGUUUGAAGGAAAUUUGUUGGUACCACUGGGCAGGCUUACAGGUCGAAAAAAUUCAUAGCUAGUGUAACAUAGUUAAACAUCUCAGGACCAACAAUUUUUAUAGAAAGAUUUUAGCACCUGUAGCAUAACAGUAUCAGUGAAAAAGUUCAGAGAGAGAGAGAUGUCAAAGUAAUUUGUUACUUUGCCUGAUUAUUUAUGUAAUCUAUAGCCCCCGUUGUAAUUUACAGUACUACAUUCUGUAACUUCAUCCUUCAAUAAAAUCAAUUUCAUCA